AUGUUGAGGAAAGGCUCAGAGCAGCAGAAAGGAGACAGAGAGGUCCUCCUGGAUCUGGACUAUGGGGGUGAAGCACAAAACACAGACAGCUAUGGGAGUCUACACAACGGGAGUUACAUCCCGCCAAGAUACCUCUCAGCCACAGCUGCUGACGAUGGCAGCAUUGAUGAUGAUGAUUCCAUUCAUCUUCAGUGUAAUACAAGAAAUCACCAGCCAGUUCUACAGCCGGGGAAUUACUUCAGAGAUGGAAGAACCAAAAUCGACUUUGUGCUGGUGUGGGAAGUUCGUUCCCGAAGAAAACGGCGAGGAAAGGGGAAAGCAACUGCUGAGGAGGGGGAAGCUGCGCCCACUGAGGAGAACAGCAGGUCUGAAAAAAGGAAAGCACAGCUGGCACAGUGGAGGGAGAAGUUUGUGCAGAAUCUUGAGAGUGUAGGAUUGCUGAUGGAAAAGGAGGAAACGGCAAAUGAGAAGAAAACAAUACAUUUUCUGAAGAUAAGUGCUCCUUGGGACGUGUUGGUUUUAUAUGCUGAAGAACUCUGCGUGAGAGCUCCACUGCAGGCACAGCCACAUCUGGAUUUAAACACGUCAGCUCGGGUACUAAGUAGACUAUGCAUACCUAAUGCCAUGAUGGAGUCUGUUCCAAACAGGCCGCUGGACUAUUACACAUGUGCCUUUCGCAAGUCAAAGAUGAGCAGGUUCCUUGGCUGUGACAACCAUGAAAACUACUUCACUAACACACAGAGACAUCGCAUUGUUUAUGAGAUCCUUGCCAGGACAGUGUAUGGAAAAAGAAAGCGGGCAGAGGUCGGUGUGGACAGACUGGUGAAUGAAGGAGUGUACACAGCAGCUUUCCCCCUUCAUGAGGGCCCCUUUCAACUACCUAAGUAUGGUGUUCGUCCUGAAGAGCUGAACCCACGGCAGGUUCUCUACCAGUACUGGGCCCGCUGGUUAAAGUGGUACAAGUAUCAGCCACUGGACCACAUAAGGGAGUACUUUGGAGAGAAGAUUGCUUUCUACUUUGCUUGGCUUGGUUUCUACACAGCCUGGCUGCUUCCUGCAGCAGUGGUAGGGACUCUGGUCUUUGUGUCUGGAGUCAUGUCGAUGGGCACCAACACACCAGCGAAAGAAAUCUGUAACAGCGGAGCUUCAUACCUGAUGUGUCCUCUCUGUAACACAUGCAAGGCAUGGAACAUGUCUGAAAUCUGUACAAUGGCAAAGUUGGGGUAUUUAUUUGACCACCCAGGCACAGUCCUCUUUAGUGUGUUCAUGUCUUUCUGGGCUGUAACCUUUCUGGAGUACUGGAAGAGAAAGAUGGCAACCCUGGCCCACCACUGGGACUGUAUGGACUUCCAUGAAGAAGAGGAGCGACCAAGGCCAGAGUUCACAGCCAUGGCUCCAACGAUGGAGCAAAAUCCAGUGACUGGGGUCAAAGAGCCCUACUUUCCAGAGAAGACCAGGCUAUCUCGCAUGUUCACCGGCUCCAUGGUCAUCAUUAUGAUGCUUUGUGUAGUGAUGAUCUUCCUGGUGACUGUGGUAAUGUGCCGUGGGAUCAUUAGCAUAAUGAUGUUUCGUACUGGAAGCCCCGUCCUUCGUACAGAGGCAGGAACAAUAGCAAACAUCUCCAGCAGCAUCGUGAAUCUAUGCCUUAUCCUGUUGAUGGGCCGUGUCUACACUGCAUUAGCUGAGCAGCUCACUAAAUGGGAGAUGCACAGAACACAGACUCAGUAUGACAAUGCCUUCAUCUUCAAGGUGUUUAUCUUCCAGUUUGUCAACUUCUACUCAUCCCCUUUCUACGUGGCUUUCUUUAAAGGAAGGUUUGUGGGUUACCCAACCAACUAUGGCACCCUGUUUGGGAUGAGAAAUGAAGAUUGUGGUCCAGGGGGCUGCCUCAUUGAGCUGGCUGAACAACUCUUCAUCAUCAUGGUGGGAAAGCAAAUCAUCAACAACAUUCAGGAGUUCAUCAUCCCUAAAGUAAAGGCCUGGCACCAGAAGAGAACUUUGGCCAAAGUUCUGGGGAAGAAAACAUCUGAUGAGCCCAGACGGUGGGAGGAAGAUUACAAGCUGGUGGAGUGUGAGGGCCUGUUUGAAGAGUAUCUGGAAAUGGUGCUUCAGUUUGGAUUCAUCACCAUCUUCGUGGCAGCAUUCCCACUUGCCCCUCUUUUCGCUCUCCUCAACAACUGGGUAGAAAUCCGUCUGGAUGCUCACAAGUUUGUUUGCGAGUACCGCAGGCCAGUGGCUGAGCGUGCCCAGAACAUCGGCGUCUGGUUCAACAUUUUGGAGGCCCUGUCACACCUGUCAGUCAUUGCCAAUGCUUUCCUUAUAGCCUUCACUUCUGAUUUUUUACCUCGUCUGCUCUACCAGUACAAGUUUGAUGAUGAUCUCAAUGGCUAUGUCAACUUCUCUUUGGCUUAUGCCCCCCUUAACUACACUGAGUACCCCAUGUGCAGAUAUAAAGCAUACAGAGACGACAAUGGAAAUUAUUCACUCUUCUACUGGGAGCUUCUUGCCGUCAGACUUGGUUUUAUUAUUGCAUUUGAGCAUGUGGUUUUCUUUGUGCUGCGAGCUAUUGACUGGAUCGUACCUGAUGUCCCAGAGUCGCUUGAACUGAAGAUAAAGAGGGAGCGCUACCUGGCCAAGCAGGCUCUAGCAGAAAACCAAGAGGCUCUGUUGGUGAGUCGAGGCCGAGGAGCCGCCACUGCAACCCCUGGCUCCUCCAGCCCAGCAAGCGACGCGUCCUUUGGAGUCAUGAGUUAGGACUCUUUCACAGGAAAAGACGGGUUUGAGAGGAGAACAGGACGACUGAGGAGACACAUCUUCAUAUCUGGGAUAUAACAAGUGAACCUUUUUCUCAUUGGGAUCCACAUACGUGGGACUUAAGUUUACACCAGGCCUGCACAAAGACAUCAUGUUUUUUGAAUAUCUAGGACUCCAGAAUUGUUAAACCCUAACCUGCCCGAACCCAGACAAAAUGGAACAAAAAAUACCUGCAAGAAACUGUUUGAUUAGCUUUUUUCCUUGGCAAUAAUUGAAUGUUUUACAAUAUAUGAUUAUGACAGAAAGAUCUGAAAGUUUUGGAAAAGUUUUGGAAGCCUCCUGGCCACACUGCAGCAAAAGAAACAAGCACAAAAAACUAGAACAAUGAGAGCACACUCAUGUCUGGCCAAGCAGGCUCUAACUGGAAUGUCAGCAUGGAUUAAUUAAAUUAUUGUUUGUUCCGGUAGAGUUUCUCACAAAUCGAAAACCUGCAGAGUGUCAAUCUUGUUUAAUUUGUUUAAUAAGUAUGAGCACAAAACUAAAUAUUUCAAGAUUGAUACUCCUUAAAUGCUAAAGAGAGAAACUCGAUACCUGAAAAUGUUGUUUUUAAGAGCCUCUCUCCUGUGGUUAAUGCACUCAGCUGGAAUAAAGUGAUGUUCAGGUAUGUUACAAGACAAUGUGACUACAGUGUUGGUUGUGGUUGCACGUGCAACAUAGUUCAUUCUGACAGCACAAAACCACACCUAUGACUAUAACAGGGUGUGGUCAGAUAUGGAAACUUAAAAUAAGAGCGGGAAGUGAAACACUAAUAUUUUUCCUACAGUCAAGUUCAUCUUAAAGGAGCACUUCAGUUAUUAGAUAAUGGGCUUUUAUAGAAUUUGCUGUCACACAAAGGCAAAAAAAAAUCCCCAAGUUCAAAAAUAGGUCAAACUUCAAAAUGCUGAAAUCUGAUGUGUUUCUUCUGUUGUUUUUUGUUUUGUUUACUUUGCUGCGCAUACUGUAUAUGUGCAUAAAAAAACAGAACAGAAUGUCCUUUGAAAACACCAAAUCACUGAGCUUGAGAUUAUUGAUUUGCUCUUUUAAAAGUGGACAGAAAACGACAUUUUAAAAAGAUGACACAAUGUACUGCUUCAAUAAAUUCACAUUAGACUAUUGG